CAGCAUUUAUUGCUUUGUCCCGGAUGAAAUAAAGGAUUUGGUUUAGGUUUUCGGGUUCUUUAAGUGUAAUUCAUCUUGCGUCUCCGUCUGUCUCCUGUGCACUUGUUUUAUACUUACUUAUUUUUUCCACGAAAUUUCGCAGUAUGUCACUGCUGAUCUACCGUGCUUCCGGGGACGUCGUCCGUGUCCCCGUGCCUCCCCCGACGGUGACCGAAAGCCAACCUGGAGCGACAAGCACAACUUCUGCAACCGGAACAACGACCGGACCGUCGUCUUCCUCGUCAACUCAAGGUGCGAAUGGAGCUGCUGCCCCUACUGCCUCCGGCGCCACGACGUCAGCGAAAGCUGCAUUGCAAGAAACUAGGGGCUCCUCCUCUAGCAGUAGUUCCUGGAUGGCACCAGGAGAACGAGCAGGUGUACUAGCGCAUGAAGGGCAACAAGCGGAGCUCUUGGACGGACGACGAGCUCUGCAAGCGACGGGCACACAAGGUGGAGGGAUGAACUUUAACACCGGUGUAAUAGCAUCGUCGAUGGAAGUGAGCUCCUCAAGCUCUUCUUCGAGCAGCAGUAAUAUGGCCGCUGUAAGGAGCCCAAGCACAACUGGUGACGCGGCAAAAGCGCAACUCGCUUCACCAUCUUCGCUCCUCCCAUUGACGAUGGAAGAAAAAUCGGGAGACACCAGGACUUCUUCGAGAAAAGCGGCGAAUAAAAGUCGAAGCAACAAGCUUGCCAUCUCUAAACCGCCCAGUCCGACCGGGGGAGCAGCCGCAGCGACAGCCACUUGUAGCUCCAGUCCUUCUCCCUCGUCCGCGACGCGCCGCCCUUUAUCGCGCACUUUGCUGCAAAAAACCCGGAAAGCAUUCGCGGAGAACUGGCGGCGGAAGCGAAAAGCCUCCCCAAACAAGAAGGCGUACGCGUCGUCCGAACGGGAAACAAAAUCCGAGGACGACGAGCACGUGGAAACGGAUCCGGGUGGCUUCGUCUCCGAUAAUCUCGUGGACUACAGCAACGCAGCGUGUAGCCCAACGGAGGAUGGCAGUAAGAUGAUAAACGAACUGGAAUUCCGGUACAACGUAUCAAGAGAAAAACCCAUCCCCAUCCAAUUUGUCAUGCAAAACACGUAUAAAGUCCUUUGUUUGUCAUGCAAAAAAUGGAUGUGGAUGGGUUUUUUCCUCUGGAUAGAACGCGCGCCUCUACGACAACCCGCUGAACGUGGUUGGGAUCUCCCAGGUAUCAAAUGCAAAUAUGUCUGGGUCUGGAAGGUCGGAACUUGUGAUGCUGUGUUUGGAUUCUAAAAAGAUUUGUAUUGCAUGACCAGCAAGAGCCGUCCUGUUUGUGCUACGGGGGGAGGGCAUUUGUCAUGCGGAAUAGGCAUCAGGAAGCCUUCUAAAAAUCUGUGAUGCUAGGUCAUGCAUUACAGGCAUCGUGGUUCAUGCAAAACAUGCAUGACAAGCCUUGCACUCUUCCAGACCCAGACAUUUUUGCAAUCCAUACUAGGAACGGCUAAACGAAAUCACAUUUUUGCAGCCGAUGGCGCGGGCGGGGGUCGUGGGUGCUGCUGGGGCUGGUUUUGCAAGUAGUGCUAGUGGUACUACUGCUGCUGAAAGAAAUAACGGCAAAAAUAGGCCCGUCAUCAGCACGCCGAGUCCCCGAACAUCAUCUUCUCCCGCGAAGCAGCAGAAUAAGCCGCUCGUACGCGCGGGCAGCGGCAGUUCCUCCUCUUCCUCAUCUGGUGAUAACAUGCAGAUGAAUCGAGGACAAGAGGACGGCGCUGCAGCUCCAGGAGACUCGACACUACAUUCCGGGCCGCCUUUCCAACACCAGCAUCUUCCCGGAGAUUCUUUUCUCAACGCGCCGGCCCACGAGGAAGCGUUCACCCCCUCCGAAGUGAGCAAAUCCGAGGACAUUUUCCCGACGUACAGUGAUGAAUCCGAAUUCGGGGCCGACCCGUUGCCCGUGCACGACACCUAUCCACAGUAAAUUUCCCGUACACGUGCAAAUGCGGUUUCUGCAUGACAAAACUUUUACUCAAUCCUAUUCAGCAUGACAAGUGGCAUCCUCCGAGUUGGUGACAUUUGUGAUGCAUUUUGCGCAUGUACAGGAAAUUUGUAUUGCAUAACGCCUGCUUCCUCACGGUGAAGGAAGCCCGCUUGCUGGUCGCGCAGCACCUGUCCAAGACGGACCGGAAGGUGCCCGUGAACCUCUGCUACUUCGUGGACAUCGACAAGGCAGAGGGGCACAUCAUGCGCGACGACGAGUUUAUGCGUGAUUACAACUUCACGGCGUUAUUGGUGAUUCAGACGAAAGACUACCUCCAAGACGGGAAAUAUGAAUCCCUCAGCAACGCCUUGCUCCACGAGGAGGAUUUGGACACGUGUUACGAGAUAUGCAUUGCAAAUAUGUCUGGGUCUGGAAAAAUGCCAGGUUUGUCAUGCUCUGCUAGCAUGACUGUCAAGUCUGUCACGCAAGGUACCCAAAAGCGCCACUUUUGUGUCAUGCAAAAACCCAGUUUCUCAUGCAGAAUAGACAACACCUAGCGAUUCAAAAACCUGUCAUGCUGAGCCGUCAUUUCUGGCGUUCUCUUGAUUCGCCAACCAGCAUCACAAGUUUCCAGACCCAGACACUUUUGCAUUUGAUACGAGAUCGUGUACCAGAUGGCCGACGAGGAGCUGAAUCAGUACACGACGUUUGAUAUGCACUGCAAAAGUAUCGUACUCGUACAGUAAUUGCAGAUGCAGUCAUGCAUUACAAAUCUCGUUCCCAAGGCAAAUCAGCAUGACAAAUAAUUCCAUUUCUCAUGCUGAGCGAAUUUGUAUUGCAAUUAAGUACUACUAGCGCGAUAUUACUGUUGCAAUUCAUAUUUGACAAAGACGUCCAAACCCACCUGCUCUACGACGUCACCCGGAAUACAAAAACGCCUCUAGCGAAGACCUACCAGGCCCUCGCCAUCGUGGAUUCCGGCCGAUUCAAGUUCCCACCUUGCGACAAGACGCACGGGAGAGACGUAUGAAUUGCAAAAGUGUCGUACUCGUAGUACUAAGCGUAAAAUUAUCCUCGCACCAGUCAUGCAUGACAGAUCUAUGGUCAACAGCCACAGCCUCAUCUGCGGGCAACCAGCAUUACAGAUUGCAUUGUUUCUCUCGGCAAAAUUUGAAUGUGUACUGCCAUUGCAUUUCCUUUUCGUUUUCCACUAGAGGUACGAUGCUUUCCUAAAAAUGCAUAAGACGGAUACUACGACAACAUUUUGGUCGCGAUCAUCCGAGUGCUCGGUUGGAACCAGAACCUGACGCACGCGAACGGGGUCAGUGAUAGACUGGUGAAGAUCUGCUCGCUGAUAUUGAACUCGCCCUACACAAACAAGCGGGAUUUGCUGGUAAACAAGCUCUCCGACGUGAACGAAACGGCUUUGAUGCUGGCGGUGAGAUGUAAAAAUUUCGAGCUGUUUAAAAUCAUCCUUGAGUACGCGUUGCAGGAGGACUGCGCGAAGGAAUUGAUGCAAAUUAGGGAGAACAUCGGGGGCAAGGAAACCGCGUUUCUCUUCGCGGCCCGGGAGGGCUGUCCGAAGAUCUUCGAGUACAUGAUCGAGUAUGGCGUUCUCAAACGUUACAUUCUCAAGUGUUACAUGAAUUUGUGAUGCAAGAAUGCGAAAAGCGAAAGGGGGGAGGUUGCGCCUCUAGCAUUACAAACUCCGCACAGAUGUAGGCGCUGUUUAGCCCUAGGCAAAUUUGUCAUGCGAAGCAGCUUGAUCGCGUCGAUGAUGAUGGUGUUUUUGCAUGACAAACUCAUGCAACACCAGUUGAAAGUGUACUGUUUGAGAACUCUAUAUUGAGCAGCGGGAGGUUCUGUCGAUCGACAUCAACCAGAAAUCGGAAUACGGGCUGAACGCGUUUCUGUUAUGCAGUGCAAAAGUAUCGUACUCGUAUAAAUGCAUUACAAAUUUCCUCAGCAUGAAAAAUAACUUUUGUGAUGCUGAUUUACCUUAAGAAAAAGAUUUGUAAUGCAUGACUGCAGUUACUACGAGUGCGAUACUUUUGCACAGCAUAUCUGUUCGCGGCGAGCAAUAACCAGGUGGAGAUCUGCCGGAUGUUGAUGCAGGAUGUGGACGGGUUUGCGGGGGUGAAUGAACAGUGUAUAUCAAAUGCAAAAAUGUCUGGGUCUGGAAGAGUGCAAGUUUGUCAUGCUUGUCUGGUAUGACUCGAGAAUCUGUGUUGCAUAGGCACGAAAAGGUCCUCUUACCUGUCGUGCAAAAACGCAGUUUGCCAUGCGGAAUACGUAAGACAUGGCAGCCAGAAAAUUUGUCAUGCACAGCUGCGUAUCGUGGUGUGUAUACCAUUCACUUUUAGCAUUACAAGUUUCCUGACCCAGACAUAUUUGCAAUCCAUAGUGCAGAGACGGCUGCAACGCCUUCCUCUACGCCUGCAGUCACUACGGUAGCAUCCAGAUGUAUGGAUCUGUCAGAAUUGAAAUCGUCAAAGUUGAAAUAAUUUGUGAUGCGUAAAACGGAUACCAGUUGGCGCCUAGUUUUCAAGUGGCGCAUGACAAAUUUUCCUGGCCUCUAGAGCAAGUCUGUCAUGCUGUUUCGGGCAAAAGGGCUCCUCUCUGUCAUGCUAAUCAGCAAUCCAAUUCUGGACCCUUGUCAGUACUACAAUCUGCCUCCCUUGCGUGCUCUGCAAUAGAGACAAUCUCUGAGUUGCAUUUUAUGCAUGACAAAUCAUUUCAACUUUGACGAUUUCAAUCCUGACACUCCCAUAAGAUGGUGCGUCUGUUGCUCGAGGGCAAAAUUCGGAUUCCGGUGCGGGCGGAGGGGGAAGAAGCAGACGGUCAUCAAGACGGAGCUGCAAGAAAUCUUCAAGGCGGACCAGUACUUCUCGAUCACGCAGCGCAUUUCGUCCCGAACACCCGGGCCGCGAACCUCCAGGCCGGACCGGGGAUCAUGAAUGUCGGCGGUCUUGGUGCGGAAAACAUGAAUCCCGGGCUGUUGCAGAUCGAGCACCAGGUAUUGGAGCACAUCGAGGGUGGGCGGACGCGAGUGGCAGGCCAGGCCGGGAUAGUAGAUGAGCCGGGUUUAUUUUUGAGGGGACCGCCGUUGCAGCAGCUCCACGGGGAAGAGGAAGGGAUAGCGGACGACGAGCCGAACGACGAACUAGUACAAGGCGAACAGGGUGCAGUUCCGGAGCGAGAUGUUGAAGCCGAAGAUGCAGAUGGCGUUGAUGAUCAGACAAUAAACGCGAACAACAUCGACGAGGCACAGGAUAGCCCAAAGGAAGCGAAGAGUGAGGUAAAGGGCCAGGCAGCUGCUUCCAACAAAAUGAAAUCAUCCCCAUCCAGCUCUUCGAGCAAGAGACCAGUGGAGGCUCCUUCCGAGCUCGGCCCUGGCACCGCGACCACUAGUAGUGGUGCAGCAGCAGCUGCAGCUGCUUCUUCACUGCGAAGGCUCCCCGAGGACAUGACGCCACCACCACAUCACACGAGUAAACAGUCCAUCACGCAUUCUUUCAGCGAGUACGAGUACUCGCCCGAGGCCCCUUCAGACGGCUUUUUCGACGACGAUGAUGACCUCGACGACCGCGACCACUUUUUCCGCCGCGCCGGCCCGCAGAUACCACGCCGGGACAUGGAGCAGCAGCGCCAGGAAGCCCUGCGGAUGAUCAAUCAGAGGCGAAUUUUCGAGGAACUCGCCGCGCAGAUUGACCAGGAGGCAGGACCACGCGAAGGUCCAGAUUAUGCACAAAAUUACGCGGGCGAAGAUCGAGGAGUUGAGGAAGGAACCACCGGCGGAAAUCUAAAUCAACGGGGCUCUACUACUCUAUCGAGCGUGACGAGGGGCACGAGCGAAGAAGAGGGGGCUGGCACUGCAGCGAGCGUGGCGGGGACAACGACGGGAACUGUGGAUUCAACGGCAGGUGUAGAAGUUGCUGCACCUGCUGUUCUUUCGGCAGAACACGACCUGCACGACGGCGUCGGACAUGCAUCCUCUAGCAGCUCCAGUGCCGCCUCGUCUUCCGCUACGCCGACCGGCCAGCGCUUCUGUUCCACCACGCCAGCAGCCGCAACAUCGAACGCGCAAGGAGAUGAGCAAGACAGAUCCACGAGCAAGAAGAGUGCGCCGCCAUCUUCUGGCUCGAAGUACCGCACGCCGGAAAACAACGCCCGGGAAAGCCGGUUUCUGAAACAACAGCUUUGGAAUGCGGAGAAAGGCCACUACGAUCUCGACAACGCGGGAAUUCAGAAUCAACAAACCGGUCGUGGUGCGUCCUCCUCUAGCUGCACAGGUCGUCCUCGAGAUGAAGUAGGAUCACCUUCAGAAGGAGGAGCACUGGUAAGCUCAACAUCCGCUCCCCGUCGACCCAGCCAGCAGGCGUGGUCCCCGGCCGAAGUGGAUCAGGUUUUGCGGGUGACGGGCGAGAGUGCGGCGGCGAGCAGUAGUUCGUCCAGCCGAGGAGCGGUUGGAGCACGACCAGAGAAUCAAGGCCGCGAUCCAGAAAACGAGACCCCGCAACUACUCGGCGAUAGAGCGGGAGCAACAGAAACAACAGCAGCAGUGGCUGCGAGCGUCGGAUCCGAGGAACAGGAAGAGGAGGUCAGUGACACAGACGAGGCUGGACGAAGAAGGUUUCAACCUUUGCGACGGGAUCAUCAGGUAUGAUCAAAGAAAAAGUUUUUUUUGCAUUCAGCUUCUUUGGCGUGUCAGUGUCUUCACUUCAUCAUUUAUCAAUCUUUUGGUUCUGGAAGUGUGUGCAAUUGAAUUUAGUCAAACAUCAGUUUUUUCCCCACUUUAAAUUCGACGACUCAGACCGCCGCCGCUGUGCAAACGAUCGAGACAGCGAACCAGUUCGUGGCCGGUGCGCCGGGACCUCCACGGCUUGUCUUCCCCACAUUGGAAAACCACGGGCUUCUGCGGCAAGACAACCGCAACAACCUAGGGCCAAACGCAAGUCGCAAUCUGCAAAACGCCGCUGCUGGUGGAGCGGAGGGUCGUGGACCCAUCGCGCACGAAGAUGCUGUUCGUGAAGGAAACAACGAAGUAGAUCAUGAUGGGCAACCACGACCGCCACAGAUCGGUGCCGCACCUCCUCAACCUGCUGCCGCAGCACAAAAUGCGCAAGAGCCAGGCGCGGGUCUACUUUUUGCAGGCGGCGGUCCAGCGGCCUUGCGCCCGCGCGCAGUCGGUGCUGGUGGCGGUCUCUUCCAUCGGUUGAACCCCGUUGGAGGUGCUGUUGACAAUGGGCAGCAACUGAUGUUUCAUCCCGGCCAUGACCAGCCCCCUCCCGUUUUUCGCAGAAGACGGUACAGAAUCCAGCAGUGUCUGUUCAAAAACGCAUUCACUGGUUUCAACGUCACCGACAACGACGGGCGGAACGGGUUUUUGCGUGCCAUUCGAUCCGGAUACGGUGGUGCGACGAAGGCACUGUUGCAGUACCUGAUCAUGCACAGCGACCGGUUCGCGCCGGGGUUUCUGGACGCGCGGGACAAGGACGGCAACAACGCGCUGCACCAGGCGAUUUACCGGUGUUCCAUCGAAACCGUGGAGCUACUGCUGUCGCACAAAGGAAAAUUUGCCGAAAACUUCGUCAGUGUGAAGAACAAUGUACUUACUAUCUAAUAUGGCGGUAUGAAUAUGAUGUUUGUGUGUUUAUUUGAUGCAAACAUGCAUUACGGUCGCAUCUUCUUGAAUAAUACGUUUAGCUACACAAAAAUUAUCUGUCAAAAAAUCAGGUCGGCAACAACGCUCUCCUCCUCGCCGCGAGCUUCUCCGAGCCCAUUACGCGCAUGAUUCUUGAAGAGGAAAACUUCACGGGUGCCAACGAGCGGAACGCCGAGGGGGUGAACGCCUUUCUCUAUGCAUUGCAAAACUACCGUACUAGCAUAAGUUGCAAUACAACUUUCCUUAGCAUGAGAGAUGGAAUUUGUCAUGCGGAUUUGCCUUAGCAAGAAGAUUUGCAUAUGCAAGACUUGCAUUCAUACGAGUACGAUAUUACUUUUGCACAGGAUAUUCUCAGAGCGGCGUCGAUGGGGAGGAUGGACAUUUGCCGACUGCUCUUCAACCACAAGCAUUUUGACAAAAACGGAGUGAAUGAGGUAAGGAUUUGAAUCUGGUGUUGUGCGGAACUCAUGUUUGCUCGAGUGCGAUCACGAUCUGAAACAAGAAUUAAGUGCCGUGCGACAACGAUGAACUUACUUCGAAGUAGAGUUCCGCACGAAAUCAGUGCUAACCAAAGGAUGUUGCUGCUCAAUCGAUCAUUUCAAUUUCUAUAGUUCUCACCCUGCCUCACCUUGAUCAGGUCGACCGCCACGGCAACAACGCCCUGUUACUCGCGGCUGGGUACGGCAACAGCGCGAUCUGCAAUUUCCUUCUGUCGGGCGAGGCGCAGGAGGUCUUUACCGGCUCUAUCAACAGCAUGAAUAAACGUGGGGACACGAUGCUCAUCGUGUCGGCCGAAAACGGGUACGCGGACUUUUGCCGCUCGUUGUCGAUCGACCCGCGAUUCAACCUGCAUUUUCAACGAAACAACGAGGGCUUGACGGCCUUACUGGCGGCGGCAAGAAGGGGGUACGUGGGGGUGUGUGAAUAUUUUGUCCAGGAAGAAAAGUACCGGCACCAGUUGGAAUUACGCGACCACCAGGGGAACAACGCGUUUCUGUACGCAGCGAGCAGCUUCCGCUUCGCGGAGGACCUGGAACGGGUUUUCUUCAAUAGCAGUCGAAGCGGCAGCUCCGCAUCCGAAACCGAGCCGGCAGGAGAUGCGGGGGGACGGGUUGUCGUUGCGGGGAGGACGAAUGUUGGCGGGCAGCUGCACCAGCGGAGCCAGGUUGAAGGAGUGGGACAGCAAACGAAUACUGGUGAGGAAGAUAUUGAAGUGGGAGGAGAUAACGUCAUAGCUGCAGACAACACUGAAGAUGCAAAUGGUGCAGCGAGUACCGGUGUAGUCAGAGGACCGCGCGGGAGCAACGCCUCCGCCACCUCGAGCGUAGAUCCAAGUAGCCCGAAAACUUCUGUUACUGAAGCUGGUACUGGCACUGCAACUGGAGGAGCGACUGCACCAACAGCCGGACCAGAUGCUCUUGCUCGUCCCGCACAGACAGAGGACCGCACGACAGCGGCUGCACCUCGGCGGGGUCCACCAGUUGUCACAGGUCUAUUUUCCACCGGCACUGGGACUGGCGCCGGCGACCGCGACCCUGCCAACCCCCCACCUCGCGGGCUAGCCACCGCUGCGGUGCACAACCCGCGCAGCAGCGUCGCCGCAGCACACAGCCGCGGCGGCCAAAGUUCAUCUUCGUCUUCGCAUCAUCUGCAGCUCCGGUUUCCGCUUGCCUUCUACCAGGCGACCAACCACGAGGGCCGGAACGCGUUGCACCUAGGGGCCGCGGACGGGGCGCUGCACAUCUGCAGGUUUUUGCUGCGAAAAAGCGGCGUGCUCGGACUGCGGAAGGAAACCCGGGAUCACAGCGGGUACACGCCGCACAUGCUGCUGAAGGACAUGAUGACGAAGAACCGGUGGGACAAAAACCAGCUGUACGUCGAUUUCUUGGCGGAGUUAGAAGUGUCGGAAGGCUCAUCUUCGAGUGGGCCAAGUGCCAGUCAUCUUCCGCAUGGCGGCUUGAAGGAGAGCGGGGAUCAUGUUGCUGACCGUGGCGCUGCAGAUAAUAGUUCUCAUGGUGGUAGACCAGGGAGUCCGUUGGCCGGCGGAGGUAUGAACAACCGCUACAGUGUGUCUUCGUCGUCCUCGGCUUCGUCGUCGGCAUCGGCAACGUAGUUGCUGCAGCGAUGCAUUUGUUUUUGUAUCUAGUGCACGACCACCGUGUAGGUGUAGAUGUAGUUCUUCAACACUCAUCCUAGAUGGAAUCCGAAUCCUUCUUGACUACAAGAAGUGCCACCAGGAGUUAUAAUUUUUUUCCGUCAUUCAUCAACGUGCAGGACAGGCACAGGCUUCUGAUAUCCGUAUACGAAGCCUUGGCUCCAACAACUGGCAGAACAAGAGGAGCGACCUGAAUGAGUCGCAUCAUACUGCAACAAAUGCGAUGCUGCAGAACUUUUCUGCUGACACUGGCUGGCUUGCACGCUUCAGACUUUUUCAACACGCUUACUAACAGGCACACUUCACCUCAGCGCAACAGUGCCACGUAGAUGUAGGAAGUUUACCCGUGAUAUUUUGCAAAUACGAAGACGAAAUCAUUCUGACUCUCGACGUCGAUGCAAGAAUGCAGCCUCGUUGUCAGAAAGUAACUCACGUUGCAGCUCACGAUGUCG